GAUAGUGUUUUCCCACCGUAAGAAGAGUUCCAAACCUGAUGAGAUUGUCUUCAAAAAGUACAUCAUGAGUUUGGGUGUGUUUCACUUUGGCCCCUUGCUUUGUGGGAAGUCAAGAGACAAGUACAAGUCAAACCGAUCCCCCAAUCACUUUGAAAAGAUAACCAUCCUCAACAUAUCUCCUUUGGACUGUGAAAUAACUUUCUGCUUCCAGCAUGAUUACAAGGCAGUCACUUAUCUCUUGGACCCACCCACCAUGACACUUAAGCCUAACGAACAACAGAAACUGACGGUAUGGGCCUAUCCAACAGGCAGCGGUAUAUUUGAAGAUAACAUUGUCUGUUGCAUUAAAGAAAACCCAGAGCCUGUAACCUUCCGGAUCUGCUGCCAAGGAGUUCGCCCAGAGCUCGAGUUGGACCGCAAACAACUCCAUUUUGAAAAGCUCCUGUUACACAGGAAGGAAAGCAAGUCUCUCUUCUUCAAGAACAACACACCACUGCCUGUAGCAUGGCGGAUCAGUGGCCUGGAGAACAUUGGCGAGGACUUCAGUGUGUCAGAUGAUAUGGGCAUUGUUGAGGCCUUCUCUGAGUACUGUAUGCACUUGUACUUUAAGGCUUCCAAGGUUCUCAACAUUAAGAAGGCCAUUCGUCUGGAGGUUUCGGAUGCAGAAAACGUCCUGGGGAUUGUCCAGAUUGAAAACAUACAAAUCAUUGCCGAGGCCUAUGACGUUGCCUUGGACAUCAGCUUCCCCAAAGGUACAGAUGGUAGCCUGGAGUUUGGGUUUGUGAGAGUCAUGGAUGAAGCCAAGCAGAUGCUGUCCUUGAAAAACAAAGGCAAAUAUGAGAUUGGUUUCAGUUUUUCUAUAGAGUCCACAGAACAUGGAUUACCCAAUCUGAGUCCGCUGUUCUCCAUCCAGCCGCAGAAAGGGAAUUUGGGUGCCAAUGACCGUCCUACUCAGGUCCAGAUAAUUUUUCGCUCCAAGAAGGAAGUAAAAGUGGAGGACAAGCCCAUUCUGUUAUGCCAUGUUAUUGAGCCCAGCCUGUGUGAAGGAGGGGAGAUCAUUGCCAGCAUUCCAGUGAGACUGACGGUUCAUUCAUUGUUCGCCAAAUACAAUAUUUCCCCUCCUUCACUCAUCAGCUUUGGACCCAUGAUGCAUGGUUCCAGGAAGAGCAGCAGCUUCACCAUUGAGAACAAAGGUUGCCUCGAGUUUAAGUUUGGCAUCUGCAAGCAGAUCCGAGACAAUAUCAUCACUCUGCGGAAAGGUGUGUCUCACAUCAAAAGCUCUCGCUCUCGUGAUGGAGGACCGAAUGCUCCGCUGGGCAGACAGAGCAGGCGUUCUGAAUCUCUGCAAAAGGACGUGAGCCUUGUAGCUCAGGCACGCUUCUCCCUUGGCAUGUUCUGUGUGUAUCCUGGAUUUGGAUCCAUCCCCCCGGGUGGCCAGAUGGUUGUCAAUGUGGAUUGCUUUGCGGAUUCCGUUGGGAAGUCUGAAGAAUACAUGACGAUUGAGAUCUCUGACAGAGACCCGGAAGACAACCCUGCCGGCAUUCUGUACACGCUGAUUGCAGAAUCGUGUGUCCCAGGCUUUGUGACUGAUGAGGUCAGGUCUAUAUUUGAGGAGUAUCAGAUCUGCAACAGCAGCUGCCUCAACCAGGUGCUGAAGGGCCCAGGCUGUGAAGGUGUCUUUGUGACAGAUGAGAACAAAUUUCUCUUCAAUAACGUCCUAGUUGGGCACCAGGCAACAGCCCAUUUCAAGAUCAGCAACCACGGUCGAAUCCCCUGUGAUGUGCUUCUUGCCAUCAAACCAAUCUCCGCCAAGUCUCCUAUUCGUAUCAGUGACAUCUUUGAGGUCCACCCUGCACGGAUGUCCAUUGCUAGCCGUUCGCAUGCCUUUGCAACUGUGACCUUCUUGCCACAAACGAUGCAGAACUACCAGUGCAUUUUUGAGGCUUCUCUUGAUCCUGUGACCAGCAUGGCCGCUAAAUCAAAGAAUUUAUCAUUUGAGAUCACUGGGGACGGAAACCUUCCACAAGUUACCAUUGUUCGCCCUGCACUCCGCAAUAAAAAAGGGAACCCGCUUCUUCUCUUUAAGAAACUUCUGUUGGGCAAUUCAGAGAAACUCCCUCUUGUCCUUAAGAACAGUGGCAGUAUCCUGGUCCAGCUGCAUCUUGAUAUGUCAGAUGAACAUGGAGCUUUCAUGCUGAAACAUAAGCCCAGCACCAGCUGCAUUUAUGUGUCUCAGGGUGAAGAGAAUGAAUCCAGUGAGGGAGGCAGGAAACCUCACACGGCCUCCCUGGUCCUGCACAAUGGGGAAUCAGCUGAGUUCGAUGUGGUUUUCCAACCCAAUGCGACCCAACAACUCGAAGGGCUGAUCCACCUCUCCAUCAUGGACAACCAGUAUGAGGACACCACCAUCCAGAUGGUAGGUGAAGGCUACCAGGACGAUGUCACACUGGACAACAUAACCAGCUUGGUGGAAGAGGGUGAUGGGGAGAAUGCUGAAAGACACCUGGAAGAGGACAUAGCAGAGGGUGCCAGAAUGGAUUGUAUCCAAUUUGGAGACUGUCACAUUGGAAAGGUCUAUCAAACAACGUUCACAAUAACCAAUCGCAGCAAGUCAGAUGUGGUGAGAUUUGAAUGGCCCACUUGGGGCCCACUUCAGUUCUCCCCACAGGUUGGCCAUCUCCAUGCAGGAUGCUCCAAACAUAUCAUCCUGACCUUAAAAUCCAGCAUGCCCAUCACCUUCAAAGCUCAGCCGAUCAAGUGCAAAGUUUGCAAGAUGGCCUUCCAGCAGCCUGCUGAGCAGGUGCCAGAUUGGGACGAUUCCAUGCACACGGUCAAGUGGGUUGACGUUUCGAAGACAGGCCCACCCACACGCCCAUCUAAGAAGAAGGUGAUAGAGACUGACCCCGAGCCUGUUCACACUGUUGUGGAAGAGAGUGGACGGGAGCUGGAGCUUCAGGUCAGCGCCACCAUCGAUUAUGCCCAGUAUAAGAUGGAGGUGGAGCCUGUUCACUUCAAGGAGACCCUGCUUUUCCAGACACGAGUGUUCAAAGUGGAACUUUUCAAUACUGGAACUGUGCAUCUGGAAUACUUCUGGAAAGUGGUCAUGGAGGACAGCGGGAGGGCAGUCAACUUUGCUACGGAACUCUUGCCAACAAGCCCAGAAGGUCUUUCCGUCAAGUCCCAGUUCAGCCGACCACUCAGCCAGCUGGAGAGCGUUUUGGAUAGCUUUUCUUCCUACCUGUUCCCUGCAGUUCCCCGCCCCCCAUUCUCCAUGGAGCCCAGUUCUGGUAUCAUCCCUGCUGGGAGUUCCCAGGUCCUUCAAGUGAAAUUCUCUCCCCUGGAACUGGGAGAGUUCGAAGGUCGCUUACUCUGCAGUAUUUAUAACCUGAAGCCUGAAGAGGAAGGCCCAGCGGUGGCUGUAAAGGGGAAGAGCCUCCUGCCUUACUGCCAUUUUGAACUGGAAGACUCCGAUUACAUCACUGCAAACAGACGCAAUUCAGACCUGCGAGGACCUGGGGGGGCAGCCCUGGAUCCGAGCACAAAAGUGAUUGAAUUCGCAUCCCUAGGAGUGCACCUUAGAAACACCAAGAGCUUUGCAAUCACGAACCCCACCAAUGCCCCUUACACUUUCCACUGGACCUGUGAGCAGCAGGAGGAGAGACAAGAACAAGCCGCCUUUGUCUGCUUUACUGAGAAGGGUCAGCUCCGAUCUGAGAAAAGAGUUGAGGUCAUAUUUGAAUUCUUCCCCAAACAUCUGGGUGUCACAGAAUCCUUUUGGAUGUUCACAAUCCCCGAACACAGCAUUUCUGUCCCAUUCCUCUUGGUGGGCCACACCACGGACCCUGCUGUAUCUCUGGAGAGAUACCACAUCAACUUCCACUCACUCUUGAUUGGACACGAGGCACGUGACAGCAUCCAUAUUAUCAACAAUGAAAAUGAAACCUUCAGUUUUGCUUUCAGAGAGAGCUCCCGCUUUUCAGAGGGACGGAUCAACUGUCUGAAACUACAGCCCAUGGAAGGCUCCAUUCCACCUUGUUCCAGGGUUCCUGUUAAUAUCAGCUUCAUGCCAACGCUGGAAGGGGAAGUAAACUUUAACCUGAUCUGCGAUGUCAACAGGAAGACCCACCCUCUUUGCUUGAAUGUCAAGGCCACUGGCCACACAAUGAAUUUGACCGUGAAGUACGAAGAAAGUAACGUGACUAUUGAGCUGGACUCUGACCAGGUGAACACCAUCCACUUUAAAGAGAUGCAAGUGAAUGAUUAUGCUCAGUAUACCUUCUAUAUCCUGAACACUGGGAAAUUCAACUUCACCUUCACCUGGGAGUUCCACAACACUAAAGCAUUGCAGCGAUAUUUUGCCAUCUCUCCGAAUAGUGGCAAGGUGGAACCCGGGGAACGGAUUGAGAGCGUAUUGUCAUUUCACCCACUGAAAACAUGUACCUUAAAGGAUGUUGAGCUCAGACUACAGAUCAGCCAUGGCCCCACAUUUAUUUGUGCACUCCAAGGUACAGCUGUAUCUCCCAGCAUCCAUUUCUCCUUCACCAAAGUUGACUUUGGAAACUGCUUCAUCUACCAUGCUGGGAUGCCCAUUCCCAAACGAGUCCUGACAGUCACAAAUAAGGAUGACAAAGUUGUAAGCCUGGACUGCUUGUUCACCAGCACACCUUACCUUGAGGUGGGUUUCCACGGUGAAGUGCUGAAUCCUGGAGGAAAAGCAGAGAUCCCAUUCGCCUUCUAUCCUCGAGAGGCCAUUCCCUACCAUGAAGCUGUCACCUUUGAAAUCAAUGGCCUCUUACAAAGGACUGUUGAAGUUCUUGGAAAGGGAAUUGAGAUGAAGAUUGAUGUUUUACAACCUCCAAACAAAGUGUUGAAAUAUGGAGCUGUUCCUCCAGGACACACUGUGAAGAAGACAGUUACCUUAGUGAACAAUAGUGUUUGCUUUGUCUCCUUCAACCUCAGUUUUAUGUCCAUUGUGCCAGAGUUGCAGGAAGCAAAGGUUCUGACUAUGUCUCCUUCUAGUGAAAUAAGCUUGAAGCCCAAAGGAGGCACCUGCCGCGUUGAGGUCACUUUCAGCCCCAAAAGCCGCAUCCUGCAGUUCACAGAGGAGGUCCUCCUUGAGUGCCAUGGAAUUCUGCAGUCCCUCUUUGUGGUGCAAGGUUGCUGUCAGGGCAUUGAGGUCAGCCUGGACCAGAAUCAUGUCCCUUUCGGUGCAGUGGUGCAGCGGAGCCAGGCAUCUCGACGGAUCAUGAUGCAGAACACGGGGGACAUCGGAGUAGGAUUUAAAUGGGACGCCAAGCGCUUCAAACCAGAUUUCUCCAUCAAGCCUGUUGAGGGCUACAUUUCUCCAGGAAUGGACGUCUCCUUUGAAGUGACCUUUCACCCCUGCGAACAGAGCCAGGAUAUCUGCUAUGAGAACCUACAGUGCCACAUUCAAGGCACCGAGCCCCUCAAGCUCACCCUGAGUGGGUGCUGCGUGGGAGUCCCCCCCAUAAAAGAGGUGGUUAAUUUCCAAUGCCAGGUGCGUGCAAAGAGCACACAGACCAUCAUGCUGUCCAACCGGACCAACCAGGCGUGGACCCUGCGGCCCAUUAUUGAGGGCGAGCAGUGGAAAGGCCCAGAGUUCAUCAGGGUGGAAGCCCACCAGCAAAACAAGGCCUAUGAAAUCACCUACAGGCCCCUCACCAUGAACACAGAGGGCAAGAAGGAUCAGGGCUCCGUCUUUUUCCCACUCCCAGAUGGGACAGGACUGUUGUACCUCCUACAAGGCACCACAGAACCUCCCAAGUCUACAGGGAAUAUCUUGAGGGAAGUUCCAUGUAAAACGUCUUACACUGAGCUGUUUCCCAUCUCCAAUUGGCUCAACAAGCCACAGAGGUUCCGUGUCUCAGUAGACAUGAUGAGACCAGAACGGCUGGAAGUUACCACCACCUUGAAAACCCUGGAUUAUAUUGACGUUCCUGCCUCUUCCAAGAAGGAUCACAAGCUCACCUUCUUCUCUUACAAGGAAGGGAUGUACUGUGCAAAGGUGACGUUCCGCAACGAAGUGACGCAGGAGUACCUCUUCUACUUGGUCACUUUCAAGGCCAUCCCUUGUGGCCCUCUUGGCACCAUGGAGCUGAGCACCUCCGUCCGGCAGAGCACCACCUCCUCCCUGAAGGUUGAAAACCCCCUGCAGUAUCCCGUGACCUUCAACACUGACUGCAAAGUGCCGGACAUCAGCCUGCCACCCCAGAUCAUCGUCCCGGCUCAGUCUGAGGGGACACUCACCUUUGAAUUCCAACCAAUGAGGCCUGGAGAAACGAGUGGACGUCUGACCCUGAACAGCAAUGAGUUGGGUUCCUUCCAGUACGACCUGAUCUUGAAAGCCACACCAGCCCGGCCAGAGAAGGCCCUCUACUUCUGUACCAUGCUGGGCAGCAGCCAGAAUAUUAUCACCAAGUUUAUCAAUUACACCCGUCAAAAGACAGAGUAUUCCACCAAAAUUGACAGCCCUGAUUUCCAUGCAGACAAAGUCAUCAAUGCAGCUGCAGGAUCUCAAACAGGCACAGAAGUCCACGUGGAGGUGACCUUUGAACCUUGCCAACUGGGAGAAACAAGGGGAACGCUUGUCCUCUCCUCCACCACAGGGGGAGACUACGUAAUCCCUCUCUUUGGCACGUCAGUUCCCCCAAAGCCUCAGGGGCCUUUUCAGAUCAAAAGUGGGUCCAGCACAACCAUCAUCUUCAAGAAUGUAUUCUUGCAGCCCAUGUCCUUCACCUAUGCUGUGGAGAACCCUGCCUUCACUGUUAAGGCCCCGGAAAACAUUCGUUCCAAGAAAUCUGCCACAAUUCUAGUCUCUUUUGAUGGGCAUCCUAGUGGCACCAAAGCCCCCGUCACCAGCAAGUUGGUUGUCUCUUGCCCACGUGUGACUGGGGUGGGCUCAGGUAUCUCCUGGGUUUACUAUCUAAAGGGUAUCAUGCCUGAGAAAUGA